CUCACCAUUCCACACCACCUCCAAGAACAAACACUCCUGUAUCUCCCUGGUCUCUCUCACGCAACAAACAGCAAGAACACAAGCUGCUAGCUCGUGCAAGACUUCAAGUGAGCAGCUUCAUUACGACUAGCUUAGUCUACUGCCAUGAGGCCAGGAGCGGAGUUCCCCAUGAGCCACGGAGCGCCGACGGCGGCUCCGGCGAACGGGACGGCGCCGCACUCCCCGUGGCAGUCGCCGGUGCCGUACCUCUUCGGCGGGCUGGCGGCGAUGCUGGGGCUCAUCGCCUUAGCGCUGCUCAUCCUGGCGUGCUCCUACUGGAAGCUGUCCGGCUACCUCGACGCCGACCCGGGCACGGACCGCGACCAGCCCGGCUCGGGCUCCGACGGGGAGAAGGGGUCGGCGGCCGGCGCGGCCAGGCCGGCGGCGGGGUUCCAGGAGCACGUUGUGGUCAUUAUGGCCGGCGAUGAGAGGCCAAGGUUCCUCGCCACGCCGGCCGCCAGCCGGGCCGUCGUGGAGGUGGAGCUCGGAGCCGCGCCGGGGGUGUGCUCCUGCGGCUCGGGCGGAGAGGAGAAGAAGCUGCAGGAUCCGGAGGAGGGCGGCUGCGCGGAGGUCAGCUCGCAGCCGCGGCUCCGAGCCGACGCUGGUGCGAUGAGCCGGAGCCAUGAAAGCAGCAGUAGCAGCAGUACAACAGCGCUGCAAGAAAGCUCUCAAUAAAAGCUGCCGGUGCUUGGUUUUAGCUUUCCUUUUGGGUCGAGUACGUGAUCGCUUCUUUUUCUCUCUCCCCUUUUCUUGCUGGUGUUAGAUUUAGCUCGACGUGUAGAUUCUUGACGUGAUUGGUUGGGGUUCGGUGAAAUUAAUGAAAAACGAAGCUUCAAUGCGAGUUUUGCGGAUGUAAAUGGAACUGGAAAUAUGCUCAGUACCGUGCAUACUUUGCCAAUGUCUGAAGAAUGGUAAGAUCGCAGUAACUUGUAAAGCUGACGUAGCUGCUUCAGAAACGAUUCUAAUGGAUGGAUGUGCAGCCACCAUGCAGCAGUUUUAUUCAAUUUUUUUCCCUGUGACACACCACUUACUUGGCCGAAGAAUGUUGAAAAGAAACAGUGGUGCUUGGGGAGCUGAGUAUAGAUAAAUAUUUGAAUCCAAACUACGGUGUUUUAAAUUUU